AUGGGGCUGCUGAGUAUCCUCAAGAAGGUCAAGGAGAAGGAAAAAGAGAUCCGCGUCCUCAUGCUAGGACUGGACAACGCUGGCAAGACGACGAUCCUAAAAAAAUUCAUGGGACAGGAAAUCACUGAGAUCUCUCCCACGCUAGGUUUUGACAUCCAUACGCUCGAAUACAAGAACUUUAAGUUAAAUGUUUGGGACAUCGGUGGCCAGCAGACAAUUCGCUCGUACUGGAGAAAUUACUUUGAGCAGACGGAUGCCCUCGUGUGGGUGGUAGACAGCGCCGACCGACGGAGGCUUGAGGAUUGUAAACGUGAACUUACAAGUCUGUUGACCCAAGAGAAACUAGCUGGGGCUACGUUGCUGAUCUUCGCCAACAAGCAGGAUUUACCUGGUGCGCUUUCCUCCGCAGAGAUUGUUAAUGUACUUGGUCUGCGGUCAGCCCAGUUUUCAACCCGACACUGGAGCAUUAUCGCCUGUAGUGCCGUCACUGGCGAUGGCCUUGUCGACGGCAUUGACUGGCUUGUAGGUGACGUCGCUCGCCGCAUCUUCCUCAUGGAAUGACUGCUGUACAAACGUUCCUCAUUAGAUUGCGCUGAAUCUUUGCAGACACGGCGAGUCUCUUCCAACCAAUCAUGAAUUUCAUUUUUUUUUCCUCCGUC